UUUUGUUCUCUUUCUCCAUAAGUCAGAUAAAGAUCUUCACACUUCACGCUUUCUCUCAUCACCCACACCACACGCAAACACCUCCGACUCCGAGUCCAACGAUCCAACUCAGUACGAGUUCGCGUGGCCACCUUUGACCCUUCCCCUGCUUUCGCAUAUAUAUAUUUAUAGUCCCAUACCUUCUUCUUCUAUUGCAUCAAUCGUUCUGGGUUUUUUCUCUUAUUGUGUGCUCGGGGACUUGAAGACUUUCAAUGGCGGUUGAGGAGGAGAAGCAGACGGCGAAGCUUGUUUUCGAUGAAGAAGCAGCGUCGGCGCUUGCGAAGGAGCUGAGAGCCACCUUCGCCUCUGCCAAGACUCGGAGCUAUCAAUGGAGAGAGUCGCAGCUCAAGAGCCUCCUCAAGCUCAUCACCAGCAACGAGCUGGCGAUCGUCGACGCCCUUCGCUCUGACCCCUCCAAGCCCCCCGAGCUCGAGUCCCAAGUCUACGAGAUAUCUAUGUUAAAGAGCUCAUGUAAGUUGGCACUCAAAGAGCUGAGAAAUUGGAUGAAGCCAGAAAAGGCUAAAACUUCACUAACCACUUUCCCUUCGUCAGCCGAAAUAGUGUCUGAACCUCUUGGUGUUAUACUAAUAAUUUCAGCAUGGAAUUAUCCUUUCUUGCUGUCCCUUGAUCCAGUUGUCGGUGCCAUAGCGGCUGGUAAUGCUGUGGUCCUUAAACCAUCAGAACUUGCUCCAGCUACAUCGUCAUUGCUUGCAAAACUAGUAGGUGAAUAUAUGGAUAGCUCUUCUAUAAGAGUUGUUGAGGGGGCAGUUGCUGAAACAUCUGCACUGUUAGAUCAAAAGUGGGACAAAAUAUGUUACACAGGCAAUGGAAGAGUGGGACGUAUAGUGAUGGCUAGUGCUGCAAAGCACCUUACACCUGUUCUUCUGGAGCUUGGAGGAAAAUCUCCUGUUGUUGUUGAUUCUGGUAUCAACUUACAAGUUGCAACUAGGCGAAUAAUUGUAGGAAAGUGGGGGUGUAAUAAUGGACAGGCUUGCAUCUCCCCCGAUUACAUUGUAACAACAAAAGAUUUUGCUCCUAAGCUGGUGGAUUCUUUGAAACGCGAAUUAGAGAAUUUUUAUGGAAAUAAUCCAUUAGAAUCAAAAGAUUUGUCUCGUAUUGUGAAUUCAAAUCACUUUGCUCGGUUGACAAAGCUCUUGGAUGAGGAUAAGGUUUCUGGUAAGAUCGUCCUGGGAGGUGAAAGGGACAAAACCAACUUGAGGAUAGCUCCCACCAUCUUGCUCGAUGUCUCACGGGACUCUUUGAUCAUGAAUGAGGAAAUAUUUGGUCCUUUGCUCCCCAUUCUCACGGUCGACAGAGUGGAAGAAAGUUUUGACUUGAUAAACUCAGGAACAAAGCCCCUCGCUGCAUAUUUGUUUACAAACAAUAAGAAGCUGAAGGAGCACUUUGUAAGGACUGUCUCCGCCGGGGGUUUGGUUGUCAAUGACACUACCAUACAUCUUGCUGUUCCGUCCUUGCCAUUUGGAGGAGUUGGGGAAAGUGGAAUGGGUGCAUACCAUGGAAAAUUCUCCUUUGAUGCGUUUAGCCAUAAGAAGGCAGUUGUUUAUCGAGGUUUCGCUGGUGAUGCUUCUGUGAGGUACCCACCAUACACAAAGGGGAAGCUAAGACUUCUUAAGGCUCUGAUCGGCGGUGGCAUAUUAAGCAUAAUCCGCGCUCUGUUUGGAUGGUCCAAGGCGUAACAGACACUAUGAUCCGGUUGUGCUGCUUGCGAUUCUUCUUUCUUCAUAUUUAUAAAAGACAUUACGAUCUGGCUGUGGCAAUAUAAUUACAAUUUGAACAAGGUGUGAUUAUUUAUGAGAAGGGAAAGGGGAAAUGGAAAGUGUAAAAGUUGGUAGGUAAAUAUCUAUAGGUUUAUAAAUUGUAUGUGUUUGUAUUUUGUUUUUGCUUGGAGGCUUAAACAUGGGUUCCAUUUUGCAUCCAUUGAAUUCAAUUCUGAAGCUAAACCUCUUAAAUUCAUAGACGCAAGGUUUGGUUA